AUGAACAAAGUUGAUAAAUCUCAAGUUAUAGUUCUCUCUUUCCUAGCUUUUCUCCUUGUGAUCACACACUUUUUACCUUCCUCUCUAAGGCCUAGUUACCUUUACUUAAUCUUCAACAUCAUUAUCAUUGCCCUUGCUGCUCAGGCGGGACUUCUCUCAGCGUUCUCUGAGCCUUCAGAAGACAGAAAACAUCAUGUUUCUAUGUCUUCUACGCAAAAGCAUGCAAUGCAAGAAUCACAAGAUAAGGAAGAUUUAGCCAUAAACAGUGCAAAUUCUGUCUCAGAAGAGCAAAUAGUAAAGAAGCCUAAGAUGGUUGAAAAAUCUGCAUUUGGUGAAAGUAAAGUUGAUAAGGUGAAAAAGUGUCCUUCAAUGCCAAGUCUUUUUUAUAUAGAAGAUGAAGAAGAUGAUUUAGAAGUGAAUAAGCAUGAAGAGGUUAAAGUAGAAGAUGAGAUUUGUGGUGUUAACGGUCAAGAACUUUUUGCAAAAGCUGAAGCUUUUAUUGGAAAUUUCUAUAAGCAAUUGAAGAUGCAGAGAGAAGAGUGCGGUUAUGCUUCUUAA